UUCAUAGCAACCUGUGCCGGCGUUCCCUCCCUCCCCUAAGAUAGAGGGCGGAGGCUGGGAACAGGUGAACACCUAUCAGCUCCCAUUCCACCGGGAUGCAAAACCUCACAGUCGAAACCAGUCCUCACUCUUCAGGCUUCUGUAAUCAUGGCGAACGGCGCCCUGGAGAUUGUGGGAAUGUGCGUGAGCCUGAUCGGCCUCAUCGGGGUGGCGGCCAGCACCGGGAUGCCGAUGUGGAGGGUGACGGCGUUCAUUGGGGAGAACAUCAUCGUGAUGGAGACACGCUACGAGGGCUUGUGGAUGAACUGCUACCGGCAGGCCAACAUUCGGAUGCAGUGUAAGGUGUACGACUCCUUGCUAGCACUUUCCCCGGACCUCCAGGCUGCUCGGGGACUUAUGUGCUGCUCCGUGGCGUUGACCGGGCUGGGUUUACUAAUUGCAAUCGCCGGGAUGAGAUGCACGGCGUGCAUUCAAGGGAACGACCGUGCAAAGCGGAUGGUUCUGAUUAUCUCCGGCUGCAUGAUCCUAGCCGGCUGCUUCUGCUGCCUCAUCCCCGUGUCCUGGACUGGACAUGUCAUCAUCCAGGACUUCUACAACCCCUUGCUCAUCGAUGCCCAGCGUAGGGAACUCGGAGAGGCCUUGUACAUUGGUUGGGUGGCGUCCGCCUUCUUAUUCGUCGGCGGGUGCAUAUUCACCUGCUGCAAUGGCCCCCUGGACAAGGGCCCGGAUCCAAGGUAUAUGUACAACAGGAACCCACCCUACGUGGCCUAUCAACCGCAACCCGUGGCCUACCAUCCCCAGCCGCGCUCAGUGUACAGCCACCCGUCCGGACCACCAUCGUUCAUUGAGCAGUCGUACCAACCGUCCAGACAGCAGUCAUUCAUUCAGCCUUCCAGACAGCAGUCAUUCAUACAACCGUCCCGACAUCCAUCGGCCCGCAGCGCCGUGGCUUAUCUCUGAAAUCCAGCUGGACUUUUCACAGGCUUGUGUUUUUGCAUUUGUGUCUGUGUGUGUGUGUGUUCGAGAUGAAAAAAAUCACCAAAACUUUUGAAAAAAGAAUAUUUGGGGGAGAAAAAAAUAAUGUAAGUGAGUCAUACAUUUCGUUUUUUAAAUCUGUUUUAUUCUUGGGAAUAUUUUUGAUGUCAUUUAGAUGACAUUUCUACUUUGACUUUUUAAAUAUCAGUAGCAAAUGAGAAAUUGAAAACAUUCUGAACCAAUCUUUUCUAAGACAAGGGAAAAAAGACUAUUUGGAAACAUUUAAAUGGUUUUAAAUGUAACAAAGUUGGGCCUACAUUUCAUUUUAUUUUUAUUUUUUUGUUCCUUGGAAUGUUUUUGACCGAAUUUUAAUACCAUUUCCACUUUGGCUUUUUAAAUGUUUAAGUAGGAGCAGAUGAGAGAUGGAAAGAAUGGAAUUCUAACCAGAGGUUUUAUUAAAAAAAAAAAAAAAAUGGUUUUAAAUGUAACAAUUUUAGUCAUGCAUUUCAUAUUUUUUUGUAUCAUUCUUGGUAAUGUUUUUGACAGAAUUUAAAUAUUGUUUCCACUUCAAGUUUUUUAAUAUCUAAGUAGGAGCGGGAAAAGAGAACAUUUGGAAAGUAAAAAAGAACAUUUAGAAAAUUUGCCACAUUUAAACGGUUUUAAAUCUAGCAGUUAGUCAUACAUUUAAAUUGUUCCCCCUGUUCAUUCUUUGGAAUGUUUCCAACAAUUAAAUGUCAUUUCUGCUUUUGCUUUUUAAAUUUUUAAAUAUGAGCAGAUGAGGGAUGGACAGACUUCUAACCAAAGGUUUUUAAAAAAAAGAUAAAAGAAGAUUUUAAAAAUGUAACAUCUAAACAGUUUUAAAUGUAACAAAGGUAGCUGUUCAUUCCAUUUUCCCCCGUUUUAUUCUUCGGAAUGUUUUUAAGUACAUUUAAAUGUCGUUUCUACUUGUGAACUGUGACUGAGAUGAAGAAUUUUAAAGAUGUUUUAAAGAUUUUAAAGAUUUUUUGUUAUUUUAUAUGAUUCAUUGUAAAGUACAGAUCAUACCUCGGGAUGUUAUAAAGUAUGUUACUCGAGGUAUUUUUGUAUUACUGUCUAAAAGCUGUCUAAAAAUAGAAACUAGGAAAAAAAGUGUUUAAUAUUCAGAUGUUUUUUAAAUGUAAAUAUCAAAGCAAAAAACGAUUUAAAUUAAUAAAAAAGUUCAAUAUCCUUAAUGGUACGAUAUUUGCUAUUCCUCCUCAUUCAGUAUUUACAGGUAGUUUGAAAAGAUUGUGUUCUGGUUUCUGCUAUGUAUUUGCACAGUAAUAGUUCUUAGAAGAAAUCUGUUCAUCUCUAUGCUUCAGAGGACGUGUUUUCUCAAAAAGUCACGGGGUCUGAGUUACAGGCAGGUGCUGAAUUUGAUGUUUUAGUUCAGCUCAGUGUGUUCAAGAUCUUUAUGCCCUGCGGCUUCAGAUAAAUAGAACAGCGCAGUGAAACGUAAGACGCCUAUUGUCUUUAGCGUCUCUGACACACCCAGAGAAUGAGUCAGACAAGAGCUGCUUGUUAGUAUAGUAAUGCUACAACAGAACCAGGAAACGGAUCAGAACUGCUAUUCAGCAGGGAAAAGGGAGAAAUACACACCCACACAUAAAAUCUUAACAAGCAGUUUUAAAGUUUUAACUGCAUACUUUUGGACAGACUAAAGUGUUUCACUGGGAACUGUUAUAAAUAGACAGUCUUAGUUUUUUUUUCUUUUUGUAUCAGAUGAAAUAUGACGCUCCGAGUGUAUUAAAAUA